AUGUCCAACAGCUCAGACAGUGUGGACCUUCUGCUGGAGGGUCUGACCCUUGACUCCGACCACUUACUCCCUGUCUUCCUGCUCCUCCUCUUCGCUUACAUCUUCGUCCUCUUCUCAAACUUCUGCAUGUGUUUCCUCAUCAUCAGCGAACGUUCUCUGCAUCAGCCCAUGUACCUGCUCUACCUCAACCUGUCCACCAACGACAUGCUGAUCAACACCACUGUGAUGCCCCGCCUCCUUUACGACAUGCUCCGCCCCCCCGCGCUGCGUCACAUCCACCUGUACGGCUGCGUGGUCCAAGCCUUCCUCUCACACCUGUUCAACACCACCGGCUACACCAUCCUCAUGAUCAUGGCGUUUGACCGCUACGUGGCCAUCUGCUUGCCACUGCGUUACUCCGCGCUCAUGAAUGCCCGGAUGCUGGUGAGACUGAUGGUGUGGGCGUGGGGCGUGGCGUUUGUGUUCGUGGGGGUUCUGAUUGGGCUCACGCUCAGACUGUCGAUGUGCCGAUCUCUGGUCUCGGGUCUCUACUGCAAUAACGCAUCUCUGUUCAAACUCUCCUGUGAAAGCACCUACAUCAACAACGUCUACGGCCUGUUCUUCACAGUGAUUCUGUUCUCCAGCUCCAUCGGCUCCGUUGUCCUCACCUACACCAAGAUCACAGUGGCGUGUUUGACCUCUAAGAGCGCGUCUCUGAACCGUAAGGCGCUCCAGACCUGCUCCACACACCUGCUGUCCUACCUGGUGUUCCUGUGCAGUGGGCUGCUCAUUAUCACAUUCCACAGAUUCCCACAGCUCACGCAGGAGAGGAAGUUCAUCACGAUCAUGUACCACCUCCUCCCCAGCGGCCUCAACCCGCUCAUCUAUGGCGUCCAGUCCAAAGAAGUCCGCCGGCUCGUACUCGAUAUGACUAAAAUUUGUAGUAUCUCAAAUUUUAACUAA